UGCUGCUGCUGCUCCAAGAGCCGGUAGGCUAAAAAAGAUAGAACCUCAUCAGCAGUGUAGAAGCUGUGGAAUGAUCAUGGUGAGAAGUAGAUCAAUAGAAACAGCAUUGCAACAGUCUAUGAUCGCAGCAGCAGCAGCCACAGCAGUAGUGUCUGCAAGAAUGGAAUAAUGUUAUGGGCAGUCUUUCCUAUGGAUGGCAUUGCUUAUUGGUUUUGCAACAACCUGCUGCAAUGGGACGUUGUAUUUUGAUGAGAUUUUUGGGCAACUGCAAAUCACAUAUAAUAUCUUCCACAGAAAUAUAACUUAAUCAAAUCAACAUUUUGGAUUGCCUCUUGGAGCUUUAAGGGCUUUACACUCUCUUUUAUUGAUUAAGUAGUUCAUAGCUGUCUCCUGCUCUUGGAUUACAAAUGCAUAAACUUUGAAAUAUGACAUGGUACAGCAGUCAUGAAUUCAAGAGAGGCUACACUUUAUGUUAAUUAUUAGCAUGUUCCUCAAGUGUACAGGAAGUAUUCGCAGAUAUGUUCUAAUUAGGAUGGUUUUCAUCAGAAGUGACUGGCAAAUGAUAAAUAGGAAAUACUGCUGGUAGAAAUGAAUAGCGAGAUUGAUCUUCCAAAUGGAGCUAAAAAUUAUUUACUUACUGCUGAGACUACUGGAGCUCAUGACAUGUGUUAAAAUAAGGCGGUCUGGCUUUAACGAUGCCAGUAACACUUCCAUUGAAGCCUUGGGGAUUCUUUCAUCCUGAUGAAAAGAAAGACCACCAGGAAAGAAUUGAUAUACAGAAUCUUGUGGCUUCCCUUGCUGAGCUCCAGCACAGACUAUCUGCAAAUGAAGAGGAUGUUUUCUUUCUGAGACAUUUUCUUCGUUCUAAGGAUAUCCAGCUUUUAUUAAGGACUGAUACACUCGACAUGCAGAAUACCACAGAGUCAAAUGCCCCUAUGUCAAACGGGCCUCCAUUAAAUGCUUCCAUGGACUUCUCAGAGACAAGUAGUGCGAGCUCUGUUUACCAUGUAGUAUUUCCUCUUGCCUUCAUGGAAAAAUAUCAAGCAAAGGAAUUGACAUGUAGAGCUUUUGUGGAGAAAUACUACAGAGAGGUUUUCAACAAAGUUUCCAGCUAUGCCAGCCUUCAGUUGGGAACUUCAUCAGAUUCUGCUGUAUCAACUGGUGUCAGUGUAUACAAUACACUUCGCAAGCACAAACACAAACUCCAUGUGGACGAAUUACGAGAGAUCAUGGCUAAGCCACAUUUCCAGGCCCUCCUUUACACCCAUGAUAAGGUGGCCUGUCGUGACUAUGAACCAAGGAUGUUCUCUGUGUCACAUGAUGUUAGUGAUGCUGAAGAGCCUGUCAAGAUUGUAAGGAUUAUUAAAAAUGAAGAGCCUCUGGGUGCAACUAUACAAAAAAAUGAGAAAAAACAGAGCUUAGAAAUCGCCAGAAUUCUCCGUGGUGGGGCAGCAGACAGAAGUGGUCUCGUACAUGUGGGAGAUGAAAUCUGUGAGAUAAAUGGGACCAAUGUACAGGGCCGUGACCCUAAGGAUGUUGUUCAGUUACUGGCCAAAUUCAGUGGACCAGUUACUUUAAAGCUUUUUCCUGCAAAUAAUGAGAAGGGUUUAACACGAGAGGGCAAGCCAUAUUAUCGUUCAACUCAAAUAAGACUUCGAGCUCUAUUUGAUUAUGAUCCCUUUGAUGACCCCAUUAUUCCUUGCCCAGAAGCAGGUCUUCCUUUCCAGAAGGGAGAUGUUCUUCAGAUUGUUAGUCAAGAAGAUCCACUUUGGUGGCAGGCACGUAAAGAAGGAGAUAGCAAUCUCCGUGCUGGACUUAUUCCUGGAAAACAGUUACAAGAAAGACGUUCUUCAUCCCUUGUCAGCAAUCUAAGGAAAGAAAUUCUGGGAAGACCUCUUCUGUCUGAUCCUCGCUACUUGGAUUCUUCUUGUCAUAAAAAUAGCACAGGUCACCUUAGCCCCUGUAGAAUUAGUCCCAGAAUACCUAAGUCAAAGAAACUAAAAAAGACUAUGUAUCAUGUAACACAGAACCAAGUUUAUGAUUCGGAAGAAAUUAUCACCUAUGAAGAAGUUCAAUUAUAUCAUCCAAAGCCAGAAUUCCCACGACCAGUUGUUUUAGUAGGUUCGCAUGGCGUUGGGAGAAAUGAACUGAAGAGGCGUUUGAUGGCGAGUAAUACUGAGCGAUUCCAAGAAGUUGUGCCAUAUACAACUAGACUAAAAAAACCUCAUGAAGUUGAUGGAAGGGAUUACCAUUUUGUAUCUAGAGAUGAAAUGGAGAAAGGUAUUUUACUAAACAGUGAUUGUUCACUACAUGAGUGCUUCCUAAGAUUUGUUGAGUAUGGAGAGUAUAAAGGAAAUUUAUAUGGCUCAAGCAUUGAUUCCAUAAAAUGUGUGAUCAACUCAGGAAAAGUGUGUGUCUUAACACCGCAUACACAGGCUCUUAAAUUUUUACGAACAGCAGACAUCAAACCAUAUGUGAUAUUUGUAGCACCACCAUCUUUUGAAAUACUAAAAGCCACGAGGUUUGAAAAAAAUGCUAGACAUACAGUAAAUGAUCUCCCUCAACCAUUUUCAGAUGAAGAACUUCAAAAGAUGAUCAACACAUCCAAAACAAUGGUUAUUCGUUACGGUCACUUCUUUGACAAAACUAUUGUCAAUGGGCCAAUAGAGCAAGCAGUAAAAGAUCUGAUUCAUAUAGUGGAACUAGUGGGAAAAGAACCUUUGUAUGUCCCAGCAAACUGGGUCCAAUAUUAAAAAAAAGAAAGAAAAAAUACAUAUACUAUAUAUAUGUAAAUACAUAUAUAUAUAUGAGCAUCAACAACACAACGCAUUAUUACAUAAUUUUCAUUUGGGAGGAAAACCUUUUUAAAAUAAAUUUAGCAAAAAAAGAUA